CCAGUCCAAGUCUUAACAUAUAUAGGCCUUUUUUUUGCUAUCUCUCUGAAGUUGCAAACACGAAGUUGCCAACUCCUUCAUCAGUCGUCCCUCUAAUUAACUCUCUGAACUCAAACAUGGCAGACUGGAAGCACACAGCUCUCCUUGUCAUUGACAUGCAGCAUGAUUUCAUUGAUGUGGCUGGUCCUAUGCUGGUUAAUGGAGGCAAAGCCAUAGUUCCAAAUGUAAUCAAGGCCGUCCAAAUCGCUAGGCAGCGUGGUAUUCAAGUAGUUUGGGUUGUGCGUGAACAUGAUCCACUAGGAAGAGAUGUUGAGCUUUUUCGCCGGCACUUAUAUCCGGCAGGGAAAGUAGGGCCAACUGUUAAGGGUGAGAGAGGUGCUGAACUUGUUGAUGGUCUUGUGAUUGAACAAGGGGACUACAAGUUGGUUAAAACCCGGUUUAGUGCAUUCUUUGCAACGCACCUCGAUUCGUUUCUCAAGGGUUCUGGAAUUGACAGUUUGGUUGUCACUGGUGUUCAGACUCCAAAUUGCAUUAGGCAGACUGUGUUUGAUGGCGUUGCUUUGGAUUACAAGUCUGUUACAGUUAUUCUUGACGCCACAGCCGCUGCUACACCUGACAUACACGCUGCCAAUAUUUUGGACAUGAAGAACAUUGGAGUUGCAACACCAAGCUUACAAGAAUGGAGCGAAUUGGAUGCUUUAUCCUCUGGUUACCAGUAAGUGAACGAUACCCAUGACUAACGUGGAAACACCAAAUUCUCUGAAGCAGCCGAUGUUUUGGACACGAAGCACAUUGGAGUUGCAACACCAACCCUACAAGAAUGGCAUGAAUCUGAUGCUUGAUCCUCUGGUAACCAGAUAGGUUUGCUUCUGCUUGAUUGUCGCAGUAAUAUGGUCAUGUUACUCCCUUAUGUGUAUACCUGAUGUAAGAGCUGUUUUACUUCCUUUUGUUUGCCGGCUCCAUGGCUGGUCAACCAACGACAUUUUUGAAUGACUUUCUAGUCAGAUCGUCUCUGUGUUCCGGAUAGACAAAGACCCCUUCUGUCUCUUUUUGGAUGGUCUCUGUUGCUCGUCUUUAAAUAAGAACUUGUUUCUCA